GCCCCGCGGCCCCGGCGAAGUGCAGUCAGACGGAGAACACCGGGCGAGGCGCGGGCAGCUCCGACUCCGGCCGGGACAGGCGCGAUGGCGAGCGGUGACAGCAGACACGCCGCGGAGGGCUUCCUCGGCUGGGGUGCGGACCAGGAGGCGGCCCAGGAGCUGGAGACCGAGGAGUCGUCGGAGGGCGAGGAGGAGGAGGAGGCCGAGUCGGAGGAGGAGCCCGACGCCAGGUUGUCAGAGGAGGAUGAAGAGGACAAGACCAGGCAGGAGUGUAUCAUCUCUGACCCCUCCUUCUCCAUGGUGGCGGUCCAGCGGGAAGACAGUGGGAUAACCUGGGAGACCAAUUCCAGCGGAGCUUCUACUCCAUGGGCUUCCGAAGAAAGUCAGACUUCUGGCGUAUGUAGUUUGGAAGGGUCAGCUCUGAAUUCCCCUCCAGGGAAUGUUUCCUUUAUUGUGGACGAAGUCAAAAAGACGCGGAAAAGAACGAGUAAGUCCAAGUGUGGCUCACCAUCGUUACGUCGGAAAGGCAGCAAAAAACGAAAUUCUCUGGAAUCGCAAGAUGUUCUGGCAAACAAGGAAGAUGGUCCUUUAAUUUCAGAAAGCCCAGGGCUCAAUGCUGAGAAAGAGAAGUCACCUAUGGGCACUUACGAUAAAACAAAAAGGAAGAAAACAACGUCAAACACGCCUCCCAUCACCGGGGCAAUAUACAAAGAGCAUAAACCACUGGUGUUGAGGCCAGUCUACAUAGGAACGGUACAAUACAAAAUUAAGAUGUUCAAUUCAGUUAAGGAAGAAUUAAUUCCUCUACAAUUUUAUGGGACAUUGCCCAAAGGUUAUGUAAUUAAGGAAAUACAUUACAGGAAAGGGAAAGAUGCAUCCAUUAGUCUAGAGCCGGAUUUGAGCAAUAGUGGUUCUAACAUAGUUUCCCAAAGAAGUAAAGUAGUCGCCCAAAGCCCAGAAGAUGAUAGGGCGAGAGAGCUUGCUCCACCCUGGAGAGGUGCCCUCUCCAAAGGGCCAAAGUCCAUGACCUCAUUAUUUAGUCAUGAAGAGCAAAAGGAAGUGUAUGUCGAUUCCCCCUUCAAUGCCAUGUCUGCAACCGAGCACACAGCGUCCUCUUAUUCUACAGCAGACCAAGACCAUCUAAGACCUCCACAGAUGGUGCCACAGCAGCCAGCUGACGAAUCAAAGACCCACAGAACAGAGCCACCCAGCACACCAGCAACCACGGUCCUCGAAAAAGCAGAGGAAGAAUUUGAACCAGACUCACCAGGAAUGGAAAGUUCAGAGAACGAGGCUUCAGUGUUCUCAGGCUCAGCUGCUGAUGUCACACAGGAAGACAUGGUUUCUGUCAACCAUUCCAUGUCACAGGAGGCAGAGGAGUCUUUGCAGACAGGACCACUAAGACUGGCACCAUCCAUCCUAGAAAAGUUUGAGUCAGCCAAGGAAGAGCUAGAGCCGACUUCAAUAGAAAAGACAGAACCAGCCUUUGAACACCUGACCUUGCCUGAGCCCAUAGUCCAUAGAGAGGAGGAGCAUGCGCCUGAGCCCAUAGACCACAGAGAGGAGGAGCAUGCGCCUGAGCCCAUAGUCCAUAGAGAGGAGGAGCAUGCGCCUGAGCCCAUAGUCCAUAGAGAGGAGGAGCCUGCACCUGAGCCACCUGUCCCCCGAGCCUCACAAGAACUAGAGAAGGGAUUAGAAAUCGUGGAUACCACUGAACCCGAAGAUUCUAGUCUAGAAGAAGAGAUCAUAGAACUUGAUUACCCAGGAAGUCCGUUAGUUUCUGAGGAGCCCUUCAAAUCUCCUUUGUCCCCUGAAGUGGAGCACAGAGAAGAGUCCAUUCUACCGUCUCAGAAGACAUUCACACCUGAACAUGUCUCUUUGUCUGAAGAGGAAAGAGAGGAAAGCGAGUCUGUUUCUACUGAUUCUGCGUUUGCAUCUGAGUAUUCGGUCCCCCAGGAUUUGAAUCGUGGACCAGAGAAACAAGACGCUGGGGCUGUUUCUCUCUCUGAUGUGAAAUCCACCUCUGAACCUGCUGUUUUUUCGGAGGAGGAUGACGGCGAGCGCGAGGCUUAUUCCUCAGCCGCGGCGUCUGAAUCUGAGCACUCUCUCUCUCCAUCCACCAUUGAGAAGACAUCUGCAUCCCAGUCCCCACUCUUUUCACCAGUUACACCAGACCAUCUGGUCCUGUCUGGAGAUGAGGCCUCAGACAGUAGGAGGUGUCACACACCAGAGUCUGCGCCUGCUACUGAGUAUUCAGACCCAGAGCAUGCUGCGCAAGAGUUAUUGGCAGGGACGGGUGACCAUAAGCCCCCAUUAAAGUCCCGAGAUGUUUCUGAGCCCAUGAUUAUGACAGAAGAAGAGAAAGAAGACGUGGGGCCUUACCCCCCCGUUGUGGAUGCUGCCUCUGAAUACUCUCAUUCACCAUCGUUAACCGAGAAGGCUUCUGAGCACCACUUACCACCACCCCUGGCUGCCACACUGAGACAUGCAGUUGUAUCAGAAGAUGAGCGUCUAGAAAGUGAACAUUUCACGUCAGAUUCAAAACUGACACCUAAAUCCUCAACUCCACAAAGUGUAACACAGGAAUCCCCCCAAAAAACAAUUGAUGACAUGCCCCAAUUCAAACCAAAAGGCAUUCCUCAGCCCGUGACCCUGUUAGAAGAAGAAAAGGGAGAUGUGCAGCCGUCUUUACCGGAUGUGGUGUCGGCAUCUCCACACGCUGUCCCACCACACGCAGCCGAGAUGCUUUCUGAAUGUCAGGUCCCACUUCCUUCAGCCGCCUCGUCUGAGCACGUGGUCCUACCAGAAGGAGGGACCGUAGCAGGCCAGCGGUACUCACUUCCCUCCACAUCUGCUUCUGAACUCUCCGUACCAACACCAUCAGUAACACCAGAGUCCCAGGAGGAAGAGAUUGUCCACACAUCAUCCCCUCUGCUUCUAAAAGGUGCCGCCUCACCCACAAAUCUAUCAGAGCAAGAGCAGGAAGAGGGAGACAUCGGGCCCUUCUCCCCUGAUUCUGCCUUUGUGUCAGAAUUCUCGUUCUCACCCUAUCCAACUCAGGAAAUAGAGAAAAGAGAGCUGGGGCGCGAUUCUCCGCUGUGCUUGACGUCGCCAUCUGAGCAUACUGUUUUGUCAGAUGAAGACACGGAAGAGGCGGAGCUUUUUUCUCCGGAUUCAGCAUCACAAGUAUCAAUCCCACCGUACAGAAUCCCAGAAACAGAGCACAACGAGGCCCAGCCAGACUCACCACUAACUACGAGGUCUGCUCCAGAAUACCCCUACUUCUCAGAAGCGGAUGAAGAAGACUCAGAAUCAUCAGUGCCUACACCUGUUCCCGAGCAUUUUGACCCAGCACAGGAGCAAAAGGCCGGGCCCUUCCCUUUCAUGCCUGUAUCUGAAGACCUGAGUCUGCCACCUUCAGCAAAUCAAACAGGCCAAGCAGAAAUUACGCCAGAUGCUCCAACAAUCUCAACAUCUGUAUCCGAAUAUCUCAUCCUGGCCCAGCAGCAGAAAACUCAAACAUCACUGGAGCCCGAGGCUGGAGGUUUGGUACCACCACCUUUAACCAGUGAACAGGAGGAGGGAGAUGCUAAGGGCCGCUCAGCAGCAGCUACGGCAGUUGCUUCUUCGUCUGCGCUGUCCCCAGCGGGAAAGGAAGAAGCCGAACCCAUUUUGCCCACACCUCGGUCCUCACUUCCGCCUGAGUCAGCCUGCGUCCUUAAGACAGACCAGGAACCCAGAGCAUCAUUCUCUCUAAAAUCUGCACAGGAGCAGAUGGCUUUGCCAAAAGUCAGAAGGGAAGAAACUGUGCCGGAUUCUCAAGGAGCCACAGCACGCACGUCACAGGAUCAGACAUCAGAGCCUCGGCCCCCAAAUGUUCCAGGGUCUGCGAUGAAAUACUCAGUUUUGUCUGACUCGGCACAGGAGCCAAAGGCGGAUGUCAAACCCGAUUUAGCUCCAACUGUGACUUCUGAACUAGAACACAGAAUGUUGUCAGAGAAUGAGUCUGAAGUGGCAAAACCAUGUUCACCUCCAGAGGAAACAUCUAUUUCUGGACGUGAGGUUUUAUCUGGAGUGAAAACGGAAGGGAAGCGGGACUCCAAAAUAGCCAGGGGACUUCCUGCAGCUUCGGCGGGGAUGGAAAGGGAGGCUGAACAUGGUCCACCCGCACCGCCAGCAUGUACAGCUUUGUCAGAAGAAAUGCAGAAAGAGACGGAAGCCAGCUUUUCUGCCACCACGGUGCCAAUAACUAAGCUUGAUUCGAACUUAACUGAGUUAGGCAGAGACGAAAGCCUGACAGAUUCAUCUCUCACCAGCCCCGAGGGACACCCCGGCUUAAAGCGGGUAGGGAAGAGUGAAUUAGGAAGAAGCUCGCCACCACUCAUCACCUCCAGAGGCGAGCACUCAGUCCUCAUAGGGGAAGAGAAAGAACCAAUUAGAGGGUUUGCCGACAGCUCUUCGUCUGGAGGUUCAGCUUGGCCAGGAGCAGAGAAAGAAACGAAGUUAGAUUCAUCUCCGAGUCUGUCGUCUCCAUCACAGCGUUCUGUUGGGUCAAAAGUAGAAACUGAAGAUGUUAAACCUGGUUUGCCCAUUUCCAAAGAGCCGGCAGAUGUGUCUGGGGGAGCCAGGGCAGAAGACAAACAAGGCCUUUCAUUCCCUACAGCUCUCGAUUCUGAACGCUCAGUUUCAUCACAGAAAAAGAACUUGGUGUCUGCCUCAGAGAUGUCAAGGCCUCAACCCAAACUUCCUGUCGACUUAGGUGGUGAGGUAAAGAAAGAAGACAGUGAGCUUCCUCCCCCACAAGUGUCACCUGCACCCAAACACACAGUUCCAAAGGACAAACCUGAGGAGAUAAUAAGGUCUCCUGAGUCUGAAAACUUAGUGUCAGACGACUUAGCCCCAACGUUACUGGCCCUCGGGGAGGAGAUGAACAGAGAAGCAGAGGAGACAUCUUCUUCAGAGCUGGGGGCUUUCCUGUCAGGAAAGCGAGAUCUCGUGAAGCUCCUCCCGGAGCCUGAGGAGACACACAAACAGUUAUCAGAAGCACCAGCUGCUGGGUCAGAACUCAUUGGUGGUAGAGGUAGAAGUGAAUCCUUAGGUAUAGACCCAUUAAAACCCUUUGUAACUGAACCAACGUCUUCUGUCUUGGAAAUGGGCCCCACCAAGCUUAGGAGCAGAGGAAAAGAACAAGAGGAAAAGAGGGAGUUUCCUGUGCCAGCCACAUCUCCAUUAGAGACUGCUUCUUCUGACCUCUCUGUAGGGCAAAGGGAGCUCGAAAAAACCCUUCAUGAGGGGCAAGCUGUUAAGGUGCCUGAUGUGAGCAGCUCUUUCGCAGAUAAACCAGAUCUGGCUAGUCAACAAUUCUCAGAUAGGAAAGAGAAUUUGGAGCAAUCCAAAUCAUUUAUGACAACCGAGUCUGUCGACGUUACAGGAACAAAAGAGAAGGAGACUCUCUCUUCUCCAAAGGAUAACACCUGGAUUCUGGAAAAGCCAGAGGACUUGGCCAAUCAGCAUGAAGAUAGAAAACCAAGAUCUCAGCAGCUGGAGUCUCCUGACAGCAAUGAGCUGAUGCCAGAGAAACUCAAGGCUGCUCCAUUGGAUACAAACCACAUAUCUGGAAUCAGAAAGCAGGUUCUCCCACAAGCUGUGGAAGAACCCCAUUUGCCAUUGCAAGAACAAGUAUCUACCCUUCAUGUAUCUAGUGGCAGGAUAGAAACCUCAUCCGCUAAGACUUCCCUUUCUGAAGAAAUAAAGAUGCCUCAGGAACCACAGCCCGUGGUUCCAGCUGGAAAGGUGGAGCGAGGCAGAGCAGAGGAGAGGCAGAUCAAUUCUUUCACAGAGAGUGAAAAUUCGAUACCAGAGAAAACAAAUACAGAAUUUCCCGGGCCUUGCGAAGAAGAAACCCAGGAGGAAAUCAAACUACCUCUUGAAAGAACUCUCCGGAAAUCAGAGCCUGGCUCAUCGGCGGAACAGGUAAAGGCAGAAGCUGCCCCCGUUCCUGCCAGAGCAGCACGUUUCCUGGCCGGAGUUGCAGAACCCACACUGGACAAUGACCAGGAAGCAAGCACAGUGCCGGUGUCUGGUGAAAAGCCACCUCAAGAACCAGAACAGGUUCCGUCAAAGGCUGUAGAUGAUGCCAAUGAACAGAGAAAACCAGCCCCCAACGUGAAAGUGUCCAUCCAAAGUAAAUCUGUCCCUGCAGUCAAAGCAGAUGUCACACCUCAAGCCCCAGCAACACCGGAGUUGGCACAAGGGCCAUCUGAGAAGUCAUCGGUGGCUGAGCAAGGUCUUUCUGCAGAGAAGGGGAAGAGAGGAAUUUCGUCCUUCAAAUCAUGGAUGUCUAACUUAUUGUUUGGAUCAAGCACUCCAGAUAAUAAAGUCAGUGACAAAGAAGAAGACUUAGAAACCCAGCCAAGUCCCUCUGUAGAGAAAGCAGCCACAGCCGUAGAGUCUAAAGGUGCAGUUCCUGCUGAGGUUAAUGCAGUUAAACUGGCUGAAGAACCCAAGGAUGUGUCAGUUAAAUCCAGCGAAAGUCAAGACCUUAAAGAAAAACUCACAUUUUUAUCAAAUGUAGAAGUUUUAAACCAGCCUGAAUCCAACUCUGAAAAUUAUGGGGAGAAAGAAUCUCAAGGCUAUUUGGAGGGAACGGGUAUAAGCUCAGCUACGCCAGCUGGUGGCAAACAUCUUGGAAUUCAACCUCAUUCCCCCAUGGGUGAGAAACUGGCCAUGGAAGAAACCCCAAACAGUGUUCCUUCCCAUGUUACCCAGAGCCAAAGACACCAGAAACCACAAAUCUCUCCUCCAUCUUCGUGGAGGAUUUCUGCUCUUCAGGAAGAACCGAGCGGUGAUCACAAAGAAACAUUGAUCUUGUCAUCGGACGUAGUAGACAAAAUGCCACAACAGCCCAAGUCAGCUCCAUCCGACUUCACAAGGAUGGAGGAACCCGAGAAGCCAGUGCCAGUGAUUUGGCCAGUAGAAUCAGAAGGCGGUUUAAUUGAUCUUGGUGGAGACAGACUAAGAAGAGAAAUGCCAAAACCCACUUCUUUGGAACACCGUGAAGAGGAAGUCAAACUCCCAACAGAGAAGGAUAGCUGGGAAAUUAGCUCGUUUUCCCUGGCAGAGAAGAGGGACCUGGCAGAGAAACAAGAAAUCAUGGCUCCCUCGCAGCUUAGGGAAAAUAAGGCGGCAGGAAAGUUGCAGAUGACGCUGGAAUCUCGACCUUUCAAGUUGGAAGAAUCAAAAGCCGCUGAGAAGCUGGAACAGCGCAUCUCUCCAAGUGGAGAGCUCAUGGAAAAACCCAGUGUGACUCUUGCUUCGGAGGAGAGGAAAGAAAAGGAAGAGCAGGCAUGGGCGUCUUCAGAAGGAAAGAAGCAGGGGCGUGGACCCUACUCUCCAGCUGCGCCUGGAGCAUCGGCUGGCUCUUUGGGCGGAGCCCAGCCACCUUCAUUGGUUAAACCACCCCCCAUUGCUGAACAACCAGAACACAUAUUCACAGAGGUAUACCCAGGAAUUAGGGAGAGAAAGGCAGCAGAAACCCAACUACGUGCCCUGGAAGAGAGUAAAACCUUAGUAGAAAAAAACAAGUCUUCCCGUGUGGAGCCUCCCCAUGGGGAGAAAAUGGUUGGCCCUUCUUUGACUCAGGGAGGAAAUCUGGAGUUGGAGAAAUCAAGUGAGGAUAGAGCGGGUCUCAACGAGGAAAGGGGGCAGUUGGUAAUGCCAAAGUUGUCCUUUGGUGCUAUAGUGGCUGCUGCGGAUGAGAGUAUGCAGUCAAGAUCUCUAUCUAAGGAUGCUGAAAGGACAUCCGAGCACACUCCUGAUGAAACAGAGCAUUUGGGAAGACCGCCCACUCAGCUGUCAUCUGUAGAACCACAAACUCUUGUUUCAGGAACUUCUCUAGAACAUACAGUGAAGAAACCCGAAACAUGGUUGGAGAGGCCUACAGUCCACACUAUCCAGACGUCUAAAGAUCACUUGACCGGGAUGCCGAAACAGUCCACUCUUGUUUCAAAGAGUCACUCGGAAACUGUGGAGGAGAUGCACAGAAAUGAACCACUCUCUUCAGCAGCAAGCAACUAUACUCAGUUUAUGCUUAGUGCGUCAGCAAUCAGUGCUGAUGGAACGGCUGCUAUGAGAGGCACAUCUCAGGAGCCCGGACGCACCUCCGUGAAAGAUGAAGACUUUGCAAUAACCAGCAAGCCAGCUGGACUUUCAGAGGACCAGAAGAGUGCCUUCAGCAUCAUUUCUGAAGGGUGUGAGAUACUGAAUAUCCAUGCCCCUGCCUUCAUCCCUUCUGUGGACCAGGAAGAAAGUGAACAAAUGCAAGAUAAGUUACAGUAUUUGGAGGAGAAAGCCUCAUUUAAAACUAUAGCCCUGCGUGAGGAGAGCGAGGGAGUUGCCUCCCCCAAAGCACGGAAGGACAAGUUAGAAGACCCUGGUAGGAAAGUCACGUCACUCACAGGAAGCGAGCCAAAGGAAACUCAGAAGACAAAAGAGGAGAUAGCCACAGAGUCAGAAACAGGGAACUUCACUUUUAUUCAACCCACAGUUUCCAGGGAAGAGGAGGAUUAUUUUGAAAAAUACACUUUGAUUGAUUAUAACCUUUCCCCAGACUCAGCAAAACAGAAAUUAAGUCUUGAGGGAUUCCCAAAGGAAGCCAUGGAAGCAACGACUUCUUUCCCAGGAAGUUCAGAGGAAGGCAUCCUGGAACCCGAAUAUGACUUGGUAAAGUUAGAUGAGAGCUUUUACGGUCUAGCAAAAGACUACAGCGAAUUAUCUCACACAGAGAUGCAGAAGUCUUCGGUCACCCCAAAACCAGAUGAUGAAAACGUGUCGAAGGGUAUCAGCCGAGGGGUGGACUCCAGAUCACCUGGGAUGCCUUUGUUUGAUGUGGAGGAAGAAGUUUUGUCAAGGAGUCAGAUCUUUCCCACCACCGCCAAGGCUGUUAACCCUGAACUUCUCGAGGAACCACCUGCACUUGCGUUUUUAUAUAAGGAUCUGUAUGAAGAGGCGUUUGGGGAGAAAGAGAAAGGGGAGACAGCUUCGGAAGGUGACAGUGUGGAUUCUGAGGCGUCAUUUCCAAGGCGACAUUCUGACACUGAGGAUGGAACAGGUAUGUAUUUUGAGAAGUAUAUACUCAAAGAUGACAUUCUUCACGACACAUCUGUAACUCAAGAGGAUCAAGGCCAAGGCCCGGAAGAAAAGCCAGUUGGUGAGGAUGAUUUGCAUCAGCCGAGAGUUGCAGAAAGGGAAAUUGGGAGAAAGCCUGAAGCUAGUUUUUGGGAGAAGAAUCUGGAAGAACAGCACAAGGCUGUUGACAGGGAAAGAGACUCUGUAGGCCACAUAGAGCUCCGUGAUGGGGUGGUGGUGCAGCAGAAAGCUCUGGUUACAGAGGAAGUCAGAGCGGUCACCCAGAAGAUGAGCUACGCAGUUCCAUUUGAAGACACCAGCCGUGUUCUGGAGAGUGUAGAUGAACCAAACAGCCAGGGUAACGAAGCAGGAAAUGCCAGUCCAGAGGUCCAUCUGAAUGUCCCAGUACAAGUGUCUUUCCCAGAGGAAGAAUUUGCAGCUGGUGCCACUUACGCUCCAGAAAUACCACAAGAGGAGCUCAUCCUAUCUGAGCCACAUGAAGAGAGGUUCCACAAUAUCCCCGUACAGGAUGAGUAUGAGUUCGUUGACUCUCUGGUCAGUCGAGGCGUCUUCCCAGAAGAAUCACAUUCAGAAUCCACACCCGAAGAUGUGUUAUCUCAAGGAACAGAAUCCUCCGAGCACAUCAAGGAACAUGAACUCAUGAAUGAGGAGGAGCCAAGUAUGUCUGCCGAACAGAAGGAGUUGGACAGAAGGAGGACAGAAAACGACCAGACUGCACCGGAGCCGGUUACAGAGAAGACACAGAGGGAACGGAGAAAGGCCCAGGUUGACUCUUACUGCUACACCUGCAAAAGCCCAGUCUCUGAAAUGGACAAGGUGUUGGACGUUCACAAAGACCAUGAGGUUUCGGCACUUGACACAGCUAUCAGUGCUGUGAAGGUUCAAUUAGGAGAAUUUCUUGAAAACCUACAAGAAAAAUCAUUGAGGAUUGAAGCUUUUGUUAGUGAGAUUGAAUCCUUUUUUAAUACCAUUGAGGAGAACUGCAGCAAAAAUGAGAAGCGGCUGGAAGAGCAGAAUGAGGAGAUGAUGAGGAAGGUUUUGGCACAGUACGAUGAGAAAGCCCAGAGCUUCGAGGAAGUGAAGAAGAAGAAGAUGGAGUUCCUGCACGACCAGAUGGUCCACUUUCUGCAGAGCAUGGACACAGCCAAGGACACCUUGGAGACCAUAGUGAGAGAAGCUGAGGAGCUGGAUGAGACCGUGUUCCUGGCU